UCUUAAAAAUGUCUUUAGAGAAAGAUGACGAGGGUGAACCAGAAACAUUAGAAGAAGCUGGUAUAUUAGAAGCAGACGUAGGAGCGCGUUUUGACCAGCAACUCGCAGGCAUAGACCCCAAGCUGAAGGUCGACAUAGACCCGCAAGCACAUCGCGACCUUCGCCCCGAGAUGAUGUUCAUACGGGAGGAGCUCAGGCAGGCCAAGCUGCAGACUCUCGCUGUGCGACGUACAGCGCUGAAGAAACACUUAUUGAAAGAUUUCAUGCAAGAGGACUGUGAGCUCAAGAACAUUGGACUUUCUUAUGCACCACCUGAUCCAUAGAUAAUUACUAUUAUUUUUGCGUAAU